UCCAUCUGGGGACCCAGCCAACAACAACAAAAAAGAGGCUUCCUAUUUGAUAAGGUUUUCUAAUCUAUUUUAAAGCAUUCAGCAAUACACGUGCUCUGCAAAGCUGAACUUCUCUGACAAAUAUUACCAAUUGUAUCAGGAAAACCAAGCACAAAGUCAGUGAAUCUUCACCGUGUUUCCCCUGUGCUGCAAGCACGUCGUGUGAAGGUUGUUAAAGGUUUUCGUUUUGCCUCUAGCUUUGUAAAAAGGGAACUUGAAGCUGAAAUAGUUACGCUUUCAUUUAGCCACUGUUCAGUGUAACACAUUAAUUUUGAAACUCCAUGUUUAUACUAUUGUUUCUGAAUUACUUUCUGCUUCAGGCUGGUAUUACAACUCUUAGUGUUGUCAUGCAAAUGAUUUUUUAAGUCAAAAGAACUCCACUGUUAUAAUGACAAUUAUCCAGACUUUUACAAUUGCGUCUGUAUGAGGAACACACAGGAACACACUAGUUAUUCUCUUCUGAUAUUUUUCGCUCUCUGGAGGUUAACACAGUGCACAUAGAAAAUUCAGAUUCCCUUUUAUAGUCUGUGUGGAAAUCUAUGAUCUUGUCAAGCACUCCCUGAAGAUGUCACCUUCUGUCAGCAUGUCGUUCAGGGCAAGCAUGUGGGCUCUUUGCCACACAGGGUUCACCUCUGAGUCUCAUUGCAAGAUCAAGGUCAGAAAAGGUCUCGGUACAACCACUGAAAUAAUUUUGUUAUCCAUUUCAAAACAGAGGUGAGGAGAUACAAAUGCUCAGCUCCUUUCAGAGCCGAACAGGCAGCAGCCAGGGGAGCGAACGGGUUGUGACGGGGUGCUGUUUGUUUGAGUUGGAAGUGAAUGGUUAUGCCUGUGCUGCAUUUUGAGUCCUGGCUCUGGAAGGCUGAUGAAUUAAUAAUACUCCUGCUGCGGGCAGCCUUGGCAAGGCCGUAGCUGGAGUACUACGACGUCCAGUUCAGAGCAGUGCCUUCCAAAACCGAUGCGGCCCCUUUGGCAGGAGCCCAGGGCCAGGCUACAGGAAUCGCCAGGGGUCUGAGGAAGACGACCAAAAGGCAGAGAGACAGGGCUGCGGGGCCUGGAGGUGAGAGGCUAGCAUAAAAGCAAGAAUCCAGCGCCUUCAAAUAAAAAGAAGCUGGAAAAAAAGGAAAAAAAAAAAAAAAAAGAGGGGGGGCGGGGGGAUAAGACAAGAGGCUAAUCCUGCAAAAGUAGACAUCUAAUCAGACAGCAUGAAAGCCUUUCCAAAGGACAAGGCCACGAAGCAGUGGAGCAGAUCACCAUCACCAGGGCUUUUCGAGGACAGCCCAGGCAAGCCCCGAUUUCUUCUGGCAUGGAGUUGGGGGAUUAUGAACAGCCUGUUGUUAUGAGAGAGGAAAACAAACGAAGGAGAAGAAGAAUGAAACCUUAUUGUACAUCGAGUAAUUUGUCUUCAAUGGAACUGAUAGCCAUUGAGUUCAUUUUACCUACAAGCAAUAAACAUACUAAAAUACCGGAAAUGAUGUUACUCGAAAUAGCUGGAAACUGUACAGUUGAGCAAAUGAAAGCACAGAUUUGGAUGCGUGCAAUAGAGAUGAGCCAAACCACAGACUUCUACCAUGCAUUCACCCCGGAUCAGUUCAUUCUCCAGUAUCAGAAGAAGGGGCAAUGGUAUGAAAUUUAUGAUAAACAUCAAGUAUUACAGACCUUAGACUGCAUACUGUACUGGAAAGUGUUACAGAAGAAGGUAGGCAAGAUAUACGUUGUCCAGAAACAAAAACCAUCAGAAGAAGUUCAGGAAUUUCAGCGGCAGCUUAACAAUUUAAUUGGGUAUGAUGUUACCGAUGUGAGCAACGUGCAUGAUGAUGAACUAGAAUUUACCCGCCGCAGAUUAGUCACUCCACGAAUGAUAGAGGUAGCCUGUAGGGAUCCUAAAUUGUAUGCGAUGCACCCAUGGACUACAUCUAAGCCACUCCCAGAAUAUUUGUUUAAGAAGAUCACUAAUAAUAACAUUUUCAUAAUCAUACAUAGAGGAACAACUAGCCAAAAAAUUAAAGUGUCAAUAGAUGACACUCCAGAUAUGAUUCUCCAUAGCUUUUUCACAAAAAUGGCAAAGAAGAAAUCUUUGAUGGAUAUUCCUGAAGAUCACAGCGAAUUGGAUUUCGUUCUCAGGAUUUGUGGCAGGGAUGAAUACAUUACUGGAGAGACACCAAUCAAAGAUUUUCACUGGAUAAGACAAUGCCUUAAGAAUGGGGAAGAAAUCCACUUGGUGUUAGACAACCCCCCCGACCCAAGCGAGGAUGAGGUUCAGAAGGAGGAGUGGCCAUUGGUGGAUGACUGUACAGGAGUUACAGGGUAUCAUGAGCAAUUGACGAUAGACGGAAAAGAUCACGAGAGGGUCUUCACUAUCUCUUUGUGGGAUUGUAACAGGAAAUUUAGGGUGAAAAUAAUUGGCAUUGAUAUCCCAGUUUUACCAAGAAAUACUGAUCUUACGGUGUUUGUUGAGGCUAACAUUCAACACGGGCAACAGCUCCUUUCGCAGAGGAGGACUUCCUCGAAGCCUUUUACUGAGGAGGUUCUGUGGAAUAUCUGGUUGGAGUUUGAUAUCAAAAUCAAGGAUUUGCCUAAGGGAGCACUCCUGAAUCUUCAGAUAUACUGUGGUAAAGCACAGGGAUUGUCCACAAAGACGAAUCUUCAGUCUCAUGACUCCCCCAACUCCGAUUCGAAAUGCAAAACCCAGCUUCUCUAUUAUGUAAAUCUUCUGCUGAUAGAUCACCGUUUCCUGCUACGAAGUGGGGAGUAUGUGCUCCACAUGUGGAAAAUCCCAGGCAAGGGGGAAGAACAAGGAAGUAUCAAUGCAGACAAACUCACAUCGGCAACUAAUCCAGAUAAAGAAAACUCCAUGGCCAUCUCUAUUGUGCUGGACAAGUAUUGUCACCCAAUUGCCUUGCCCAAGCACAGGAUAACAUCUGACUCCCAAGGGGACAGGACUCGAGCUGAAAUGCCCAACCAGCUUCGCAAGCAACUUGAAGAGAUCAUCGCAACUGACCCACUUAACCCACUUUCUCCGGAGGACAAAGAACUGUUGUGGCACUUUAGAUACGAAAGCAUAAAGCACCCCAAGGCGUAUCCUAAGCUGCUUAGCUCUGUCAAAUGGGGACAACAAGAAAUAGUGGCCAAAACGUACCAGUUGCUAGCUAAAAAGGAGGCGUGGGAUCAAAGCACUUUAGAUGUUGGACUCACAAUGCAACUUCUGGACUGUAACUUUUCUGAUGAAAAUGUACGAGCAAUGGCAGUUCAAAAACUGGAAAGUUUAGAAGAUGAUGAUGUUCUUCAUUAUCUUUUGCAACUUGUGCAGGCUGUGAAAUUUGAGCCGUAUCAUGACAGUGCAUUAGCUAGAUUUCUGCUAAAACGGGGUUUGAGAAACAAAAGAAUCGGUCACUUCUUGUUUUGGUUUUUAAGAAGCGAGAUUGCCCAGUCCAUGCACUACCAACAGAGAUUCGCUGUGAUCCUAGAAGCCUAUCUUAGGGGCUGUGGAAAAGCAAUGCUACAUGAUUUCAUGAAACAGGUUCAAGUAAUUGAAUUGCUGCAUAAAGUCACAAUGGAGAUAAAAUCGGUUUCUGCAGAAAAAUAUGAUGUCACUUCUCAAGUUAUUGCACAGCUUAGACAAAAGCUUGAAAAACUACAGAGCAGCAAACUUCCAGAAAGUUUUAGAGUCCCAUAUGAUCCUGGGCUAAGAGCAGGAGCCCUAGUGAUAGAAAAAUGUAAAGUAAUGGCAUCUAAGAAGAAGCCCCUGUGGCUUGAGUUUAAAUGUGCAGAUCCAACCGCUCUAUCGAAUGAAACCAUAGGCAUCAUCUUCAAACAUGGAGAUGACCUCCGCCAGGACAUGCUUAUUUUACAGAUUCUUCGAAUUAUGGAAUCCAUUUGGGAAGCAGAAUCAUUGGACCUCUGUUUGCUACCAUAUGGCUGUAUUUCUACAGGGAACAAAAUAGGAAUGAUCGAAAUUGUGAAAGAUGCUACAACAAUUGCCAAAAUCCAGCAGAGUACAGUUGGUAAUACUGGUGCAUUUAAGGAUGAAAUACUAAACCAGUGGCUGAAGGAAAGAUGCGUCAUUGAGGAGAAGUUUCAGGCAGCUGUGGAAAGGUUUGUUUAUUCCUGUGCUGGAUACUGUGUGGCAACCUUUGUACUUGGAAUAGGAGACAGGCACAACGAUAACAUUAUGAUUACAGAAACCGGUAACCUUUUUCAUAUCGAUUUCGGCCAUAUUCUUGGGAAUUAUAAAAGCUUCCUUGGAAUUAAUAAGGAAAGAGUUCCUUUUGUGCUGACUCCAGAUUUUCUGUUUGUCAUGGGGACUUCCGGAAAGAAGACAAGUCUCCAUUUCCACAAAUUUCAGGACGUAUGCGUGAAGGCUUAUUUAGCUCUUCGACACCACACAAACCUGCUGAUCAUCCUGUUCUCCAUGAUGCUGAUGACUGGAAUGCCCCAGUUAACCAGCAAAGAGGAUAUCGAAUAUAUCCGGGAUGCACUGACAGUAGGGAAAAGCGAAGAAGAUGCCAAAAAGCAUUUUCUUGAUCAGAUAGAGGUUUGCAGAGAUAAGGGCUGGACUGUGCAAUUUAACUGGUUUUUACAUCUUGUGCUUGGAAUCAAGCAAGGAGUAGAAAAGCAUUCUGCUUAACAUUUUAUGUAAAUCAGCUGUAGGUGUGAAUAGGAAGUUAGCAAAUCUACAUGUUAUUAUUUAUGCAUUCCGAAUAAAUGAGCAGUCGAAACUGCCUUUACUUGGCUGGCAGCUUAAAUGGAUCUUCAAAAAGGCAGGGGCUUUUGCUUUGCUGCUCCAGAAGAUCUUCCUGCAGUGAAGAUCUUUUUUUUUCCUGAAUGUCUAAUGACGUUUCAAGUUGCUGGAUUCUGUUACCUAGCUGCUUUGCUGAUGUGGCCUGCAAUUUUUUUUUUCUUUAGUAGUAGUGAAGGAGGAGCUUGAGUAAGAUGAUAACCUGCAAACUCAAAUAGAAAUUUUCUGUGGCAUUACCUUAAUUGUUCAUGAGGGUCAAGCCCUUCAAAUGGGGAAAAAAGAGUCUAUUUAAAAUACAUUGAAAUGCCUGUAGGAAAUGUAUUUCUUUCUCAGGAUGGUUUACACUCAAGUGUUCUUCACCCACGUCACUCCCCUUUGUCCCUUUCCUAACAUUUUGUUGUUUUUGGAUUUUUAAUGUGUCGUCAGUAGGAAACAGCUUUGAUUCUACUGCUAGAAGAAAUUACCUUACUGUUAUUUUAGCCUCCUGACACACACAACUGAGCGUGACUGUCGCUCGAGGAGAACUUUAGAGUUCCCUGGAGGCUCCUCAGGUUUGAACCUGAAAUUCUGAAGGUUUAUUUUUGGAAGUUUUUUUUACUGUAUUUUUUUAAUGGGGAAGGUCCAUAUUAUAUUACAGAUCAUAUUCUUACUGUAAAUUUACUAAAAUUCCAUCUGUAUAGUAAAAGCUUUAUAGAAAAAGCAAUGGUACUUCCUUACUCCUCAGAGAAAAGUCCUUACAUAAGAGUAAUAGACAUUUUACCAAAUAUUCGAGAAACCCAAAGUUAUUUAUUCUUUGGAGAUAUAUUUUCAGGAUAUACCCAUAAGGAAUUAAAUAUAAUCUUUGAAAUUGUGUAUAUUUUGCUAUUUAUUUUUAAAUUCUUGAAGAGACUAUACUACUGAGAAGCUAUUUAUGAAAGAAAAAAAAUCCUUAUCUUUAAUUUCAAUAUUUAAACUUUAAAGAGGAAAAAGUGGGCAGUGUUAAGUAGAAUUUUAACUUGUGUGCUGUAGGAUACCUGCAAAUCAUGUGGUCUGCCUACGGUAGGAAUAAAAAUAGCAUGAGUUAGUCUUUGACUUCAAUUAUUAUAGUAUACUUCCUCCUAAUUGAUUUUUACCAAAGAGAGAAGAUGGCUUACAAUAUUGCUUUUUUGCACUUGUGCCUGUGUAAUUUCUUCUUUCACAGUAGUUUUACAUGGGUUUUACAUUACAUUUACGUGAUUAACUGAAUUCUGUAAUUCUGUUAUCAUUUGCUUCGAUAGUUUCACAGAACUGUUAAGAUUUUAACUACUGCUGCCACUGUUACUACUGAGUGUAUUCUGGAAGGAUUUUUAAUAAAUGUACUGUAAUUGGUGUCUCUGUCAUGAGACACAGGCAACCUAUUUUUGAAAUAUAGAUGUUUAGUUGGUUACUGUGCACAGCAAUAUUUUUGAUGUAUAUGAUAGACUUAGUUAAGGAAAUCUAAAAAGUUAAAAUGUAGAAUAUUUUGUUGUUCUAUUACCAUUCUCUACAAGAUAGGCUUAAGAACAUACUAAAAUAUAAAUGAAAUGGUGAAUAUUGUCUGUCAAAUGAUAUUUUUAGAUUUGUAUUUUGUAGAUCUGAAAUAAAUUGACAUGUUCUAUUCA